AUGGCAGACGCUUCCACUUCCACCUCGACCCCGCUCCAGCUCGCUCUCGAACAGCAAGACCCGGCUCGCCGCGAGCAACAACUCGACGCCAUCCUCGCCUCCCCCGCAGGCCCGAGAGACGAACAGCUCCUGCGCGACAAGGAGCAGGCCAUCAUCGCCCUCGCCCAGCUCCACCGCGACAACCGGGAUGCCACCAAGCUCGCCGACGUCAUCCGCCAGAGCCGCACCCUCGUCGAGCACCUCGCAAAGGCCAAAACCGCCAAGCUCAUCCGCACCCUCCUCGACCUGUUCGCCGCCAUCCCCGACUCGACCCAGGCCCAGAUCGACGCCACCCGCGACGCCGCCGACUGGGCAAAGCACGACAAGCGCAUCUUCCUCAAGCAGAACCUCGAGACCCGCCUCGUCAGCCUCUACAUCGACCAUGCCGACUACAAGCUCGCGCUCGCCCUCAUCAACCAGCUCCUGCGCGAGCUCAAAAAGCUCGACGACAAGAUGAUCCUCACCGAGGUCCACCUCCUCGAGUCGCGCGUCCACAACGCCCUCGCCAACAUGCCCAAGGCCAAGGCCGCCCUCACCUCGGCCCGCACCGCCGCCAACUCGAUCUACUGCCCGCCUCUGCUCCAGGCCCAGCUCGACAUGCAGUCGGGCGUGCUCCACGCCGAGGACAAGGACUACAAGACGGCCUACUCGUACUUUUUCGAGGCGUUCGAGGGCCUGUCGACCCAGGACGACCAGCCAAACGCCGUGCGCGCCCUCAAGUACAUGCUCCUGUGCAAGGUCAUGCUCGCCCUCCCCGAAGACGUCGCCGCCAUCGCCGGCGGCAAGAGCGCCGCCAAGUACGCCGGCAAAGAGGUCGACGCCAUCAAGGCCGUCGCAAAGGCCCACGAGGACCGCUCGCUCGGCGACUUUGAGCGCGUCCUCCGCGAGCGCAAGGAGGAGCUCUCGGACGACCCCAUCAUCCGCACGCACCUCGCGGCCCUGUACGAUACGCUCCUCGAGCAGAACCUCGUGCGCGUCAUCGAGCCGUACCAGCGCGUCGAGAUUUCCCACAUCGCCGAGCAGGUGCAGCAGCCGGUGCGCGACGUCGAGAUCAAGCUCAGCCAGAUGAUCCUCGACAAGGUGUUCCACGGCAUCCUCGACCAGGGCGCCGGGUGCCUCGUCGUCUUUGACGAGCCCGAGGUCGACAAGACGUACGACGCGACGCUCGAGACGAUCGGGCACGUUUCGCAGAUCGUCGAGCAGCUCUUCCAGCGCACGAGGACCGUCGCUAUCUAGAUUCUCCCUCCUCGGCCUCCCUCGCCCCGACACCUCGCGCACGACACGGUCAACGCUCCCCUCCCGCCGCACCCUGUCAGCCCCUCUCACUCACGCCCUGUCGAUCGAUACCCCUCUCUCUCGCGCUCUCUCUCCCUCCCUCUCAGCCCGUACGACUUGGCCGUCGCAACGCAGUGUAGCCGCAUCUCUCCUUG